AACAAGAACGUACAAGAUUCAACUUGUGCAUGAAGCUUGUUUUCAUGCGCGAACUUACAAAAGAUCGAUGAUCCGGCGGCAGGGAGUCGCACCUUUAUAAACUAAGCAGCAAGUUAAGCAACAUUGCGAAGCUGCUAGUGGUGGAGUGAACAACGCUUAAUUCAUCAUGAGCCACUGCUGCCACUGCUACUUUGGAGCGUCUUACGACCCUCCUCACGAACACCACCAAAGAAGCGUCAUUAUAAGACAUGUAAAAUCUGGCCUAGUUCUCGACGGCGCCGACUACGAAGUCAAGCUUCAAAAGCACAAAGGGUCAAGUUCGCAAAAAUGGAAACUCGAAUGCGCCGAACUUGGUCGAUUUAUUAUUAGAAAUAAACGAAAUUGGAAAGUCCUUGAUAUAGAGGAGGGCGUGCAAGAAAACGGUCCUCUCAUCACGUACCCAAAACACGGAUAUACCAAUCAAUUGUGGUAUAUUAAUGCAAAUGGUACCAUUGAAUGUCCUGAACAAUCUCUAGUUGUAAGUGCCCUUAAGUCCGAGUUUGAGGCCGGAACUCCAGUGAUAGCUGCCCUUAAAAAAGACGGCGACGAUCAAAAGUUUGAACUGGAUUAUCCUUAAUAAGUGCGUUUAGUUUUAAACAAAAAUGGAAAUUAUGAUGACUGAACAUACGAGGAGAGAUCGGAAAAUAACGAGACAGGUGCUAUAUAAUAAAACAUUUCAUUUUCGGUCAAAGAGAGUUACUUUAAGGUUAGCUAUGUAAGAAAAACUUGGGUACUUGAAACAUUUCCACAUUCUAGAUGAUUGUGUCUUGUGUUUCGUAAUUUCCCGAGCUUUCCUCGUAGGUAUUGUGACGAUUUACUCUGGGUGCUGAUUACAUUUUCUCAAAUUUUAUAUUAAAAUUUAUUUUGUAUUGUAGAUAGAUGUAAGUAUUUUAUUAGUAAUAAGCUACUUAUAUAAUAAUUCAUAGUUAACAAAAAAAAAGUGUCAAGCUUAAAAUAUUUUUAGUAUAUAUAUAUUUAUAAAAUAUACAUAUAUCUGGAAA